GAGCUGAGAUCUGCAAUGCAGCCUGAGCAAGAAGAAGUGGGUCCCCUGGAUGUCCAAGUCAUCUGCCGGUUUGAGAUCACGUGACGCACCGGCCCGGCCAUUCUCGCGCCUCGGAGUCCGUCCACCUCAAGAACCACCAUCAACGACGACGACGCCGCUGCUGCCCCCCCAUUGCGGCCCAUCACGACUUCGCAAAGCACACAAUUCACCAUUCGACACACAAUGGCGCUCCUCCGUCACGCUGCCGCGCCUCUGCGCUCCGUGCGCUGCCUCCGCACCACACCCGCGACCGCCAGAUCUUUCUCCCUCACGACCCGACGACAAGGUGGCGGUGGCGGCCAGCAGUUCGACCCUCCGACCGGCUGGCUCUGGGGCGUGAAGCCCGGUGAGAAGCCCGAGCCCGAGGGCUGGGAAUGGCCCAUGUACAUCUUCUGCGGUAGCAUUGUGGUUACUGCCAUUGCGAUGGCGUACAAGCCCGACACAACUGUUUCUACCUGGGCCCUCGAGGAGGCGAGGAGGCGGUUAGAAGCCGAGGGCAUUCUGCCCGACCCAAGCUCAUCUGGCGACAAGAAGAACUGAACCCGAGGGCGAGAAGGACAAGCUUAGAUGCUGCUGUGAUGGGAGGAUUUCGCAUGGUCCCGGCUGGACUACCAACGACAUGUGUAUAUCGACUUCGGUGCGCUCACUGAAGAAAUUCUUGGUUCACGCCAUGGUUAGAGGAUGAUUCCCUUUGUUGUCAAUUGACACAUCUUUACUUGCUAUCACGGAAAUCUCGAUUAUCAUAGCACCCUGAUAAUGCAUUGAUUGGAAAGCGC